AUGUCGACUCUCAAGCGAAAACGUGGAGGACGGUUACCCGAAGGAAAAAAGGCUAAAAAAGUCAAAACUGUCAUUGAUGAAGGCAAACCACCGGCUGACAAUAUACAGGAGAAUAAGGAUGAAAUCAGCAUUCCGCCGCCGGUUUCCAUGGGCAAAUGGACCAACAAGGAAAGGGUUCUUAUCUUCUCUUCGAGAGGAAUUAACUACAGAACGAGACAUUUGAUGAAAGACCUGAGGAGCAUCAUGCCACAUUCAAAAGCAGAUACCAAGAUGGACAGAAAGGACAAGCUAUUUGUUAUUAAUGAGGUAUGCGAGAUGAAAAACUGCAACAAGUGCCUCUUUUUCGAAGCCAAGAAGAAGCAGGACCUCUAUAUGUGGAUAUCAAAUAGCCCUCAUGGACCCUCUGCAAAAUUCCUGGUUCAGAACAUUCACACACUAGCUGAGCUCAAGCUGACCGGAAACUGCUUGAAAGGAUCAAGGCCACUGUUAUCAUUCGAUCCCACAUUUGACAAGGAGCCCCACUAUGCUUUGCUGAAGGAGCUCUUUAUUCAGACUUUCUCCACGCCGCGCUAUCACCCGAAAAGUCAGCCAUUUGUGGACCACGUGUUCACCUUCACCAUUGCAGAUAACAGGAUUUGGUUCAGGAAUUACCAGAUCAUUGAGGAGGAUGCUGCGCUGGUGGAAAUCGGACCUCGCUUUGUCCUCAACCUCAUAAAGAUGUUUCAGGGGAGCUUCGGCGGUCCUACGCUUUAUGAAAACACGCACUUCAAGUCUCCUAAUAUGCACCGGCGCGAGCUCCGUCUGGCGGCGGCGGCCCGCGUGCAAGAGAGGCAGAUGGUGAAGGAGGCGCUAAGGGCCAAGAAGGCCGAACUUAAACCGGAGAUCAUCAGCGACGUGACGGACAAAGUUUUCGACACUCCAGCGCCGGAGAAAACCGUGAAAAUCCAGACGGAGCCGCCAGAACCUCAAGAGAAGAAGAAAAGGAAGAAGAAACCGUUCCAAAGGAACAGGAAGAAGAUGGGGUCUAAGAAACUCUAA